AUGCAGCAGUCCAUGAUGGGCUGGUUGAAAUCCAUGUUUGGCGCUGGUAGUGGCAAUGGAGCCGAUGGUAAUGCUUCCAAGACGAGAUUGUUGAGCAGCGACAAUGGCUCGGGAGCAGUUGCGGGAAAUGCAGCAGGAGGAGGCCCAGGAGCAGCAGGAGGAGGCCCUGGAGCAGCUGGAGCAGCUGGAGCAGCAGGAGCCGGCGCAGUGGCUGGCGCAGGAGGAGCAGGUAUGUUGAGAAGAUUGAGAAAUAACGACGACUUGGAGAAUCAAAAUUACGGAGCUGCAUCGCAAGGCCGCCGUGUUCACGAUAACGAUGACGGCACCAACGAUUUCGAAUACAGAGGUGUGACAAACUCAAACAAUUUGGAUAGUGUUUUCCGAUCAUCUGGAAACGCUACAAAUAGUAAUACCAAUAACUCGGCCACCAAUGCGAGAAACUCGUACCAGGCUAAAUCUUCAACGAGAACAUCGUCAAUGUCUGGCGGUGCCGAUUCAACUAAUGGGUUCCUUUUCGACCCGCAGGCGUCACCAGUGCAGAAUAAUGUCGCUGCGUCCCAUAAUGAUUCAACGAGAAUGAAUUCGUACGGCCACCCUUUGGCCAAUGCCAGAGAUUUCAAUUUCGAUGAAGAUCAGCCAUUUUCAGACUCUGCCGCUGCCGAGUUGCCCUACCCUGAGACGGCGAGAACAACUAGUAAAUCAAGUAAUCGAAAACACGGUGGAGCGCAGAAUUCGUUGCCUAGUUCAAACUAUGACUCGGACGAGGCUCAGUCAACGAGCAACUCCUCGUUCCAUCCAAGUGAUUACGAUGAUGAGAGUUUUAUCUUGCCCGGUGAUGAGACUUAUAUUCCCUUGGCGCAACUGGACUACAAUAACCCUUCAAGUUCAAGAUCCGCAGCACCUCCAGGACCAUCGCAGCAUCAAAAUCAAAAUCAACACCAGUAUCAACAAGUGCCGCAGUAUGGCCAACCUCAUCCUAGCAAUGCUCAGUUCUACAACGACAGAUAUAGAACCAGUUCAGCUGGAAGUGGAGCUACGGAAAAUACCGCUGGAGUGGAAACUUUGGGUCGACCCGAAGUUGCCUCUGGUGCCGGUGACGGCACGAAUCGCAGCUUGAGCCGAUUCCAAGAAGAUGUAUCAUGA